AUGAAGACAUGCAGCCUCCAUAAAUUCGGAGAACUUUCUCCAGAACUAAGAUGCCUAAUUUGGGAACUCGCCAUCGAUAUACGGCCGGUUUAUACUUAUAUCGUAAGUAGCCACUCAUCUAUUCCCCUGAAAAGGUGAAAACACCAGGAAGACUAAACGGAAGCGAAAUAGCAUAGGAACUACCACGCUUCCCGCUGGACACCCGGGGCUGCCCCAGAUAUGUUCCCAGAUCUCAUCGCGCAAGCCAACAGAGAAGCACGAGAAAUCGCCCUUAUGGCAAAAAAGGGGUAUGCAUACAUGUGGCGAAUAGACACUGGAAUGCUCCUCCACUACGAUGAAGAACGCGUGGGUGGGUUCAAAGAAAAACGUGUUGAUAAACGCAUGGCCUACCAAAAGCGUGUUGGAUGUCAGCCAUUUGAACCUCUGCCUUACAAACUCCUGUUUCAACUCUAA